GCGGCUCGGGACGAUACUGCCUGGCUCCUGCGAGCCAGGAUUUUACUUUCGUCUCGCCGUUUCUCCUCCCGCUCCGCUUGGAUUACUUGGCUGCUCCCUCUCGGUGAUCCCGCGCGAUGGAGAAAUCCAGUGCAGUAUUAAUCCACGGAGGUGCUGUGGGGACAGUUGGCAGUACAAUGGCUUCUCAGUACCUCGUAGUGGCUCUGGCCGUUUUCUCCUCUUUUACCCAGGUUGUAAUAGAAGCCAGCUCUUGGUGGUCUUUAGGGAUGAACCCCAUGAACCCCAUGAACCCCGUUCAGAUGUCAGAGGUGUACAUUAUAGGCGCCCAGCCCCUGUGCAGCCAGCUAGCAGGGCUUUCCCAAGGACAGAAGAAGCUCUGCCAGUUGUAUCAGGACCAUAUGCAGUUCAUUGGAGAGGGUGCAAAGACGGGCAUUAAGGAGUGCCAGUAUCAAUUCAGACACAGAAGAUGGAAUUGCAGCACUGUGGACAACAACUCUGUUUUUGGCAGAGUCAUGCAGAUAGGCAGCCGGGAGACGGCGUUCACCUACGCGGUGAGCGCGGCCGGCGUGGUCAACGCCAUGAGCCGCGCGUGCCGGGAGGGCGAGCUGUCCUCGUGCGGCUGCAGCCGCGCCGCGCGGCCCAAGGACCUGCCCCGGGACUGGCUGUGGGGCGGCUGCGGCGACAACAUCGAGUACGGCUACCGCUUCGCCAAGGAGUUCGUGGACGCGCGCGAGCGCGAGCGCGUUUACCAACGGGGCUCCUACGAGAGCGCGCGCAUCAUGAUGAACCUGCACAACAACGAGGCCGGCAGAAGAACGGUGUACAACCUGGCUGACGUGGCCUGUAAGUGCCACGGCGUCUCCGGCUCGUGCAGCCUCAAGACCUGCUGGCUGCAGCUCGCCGACUUCCGCAAGGUGGGCGACGCCCUGAAGGAGAAAUACGACAGCGCCGCCGCCAUGAAGCUCAACAGCCGGGGCAAGCUGGUGCAGGUGAACAGCCGCUUCAACGCGCCCACCAUCCACGACCUGGUGUACAUCGACCCCAGCCCCGACUACUGCGUGCGCAACGAGAGCACCGGCUCCCUGGGCACCCAGGGCCGCCUGUGCAAUAAGACCUCGGAGGGCAUGGACGGCUGUGAACUCAUGUGCUGCGGCCGGGGCUACGACCAGUUCAAGACGGUGCAGCGAGAGCGCUGCCACUGCAAGUUCCACUGGUGCUGCUAUGUGAAAUGCAAGUUGUGCACAGAGAUCGUGGACCAGUUUGUGUGCAAAUAGGGCACGGACGAGGUGGGAGGAGCUGCAGCCUCCUGCCAGCAAAGGGGUGCAGGCCCCUCUCCCUUUCAGCAGGACUAUCUCCACUUUAUUUAUAGAG